AUGACCCAGAAACAACCGGCGAAAAAUCACCCGAACUUCGGCAACUACUAUGCUAUCCUCAACUUGGAUUGGAUGGCUAUCCUAAUCGGAGCCGUCGAAAGCACGCAGGAAGGCCAAACAUUGAUCCAAAACUUGACUCGCUGGAAUGUCGCCGUGCACCAGAAGACCGAUCGGCCAUUGUCUGUUUUUACGACACUCGCUUUCGGUCCCGGACUGCCCGAGGUCGAACGUGAGAAGCCAUUUGCGAGAUUGAUCGCUCCGUAUGGUGAAUUCAAGGCCGGGACCCCUGAAACUCAGAUUGAUUCUCGUUUUACGGUAGAUGAGAAGGACCUUGUAAUUUCCAAGACAAGGUGGUGCGUGACGACUGGCAAUGCGCUGGAGCAGAUUUUGGGAGCGCAGAAUAUCGAUACUGUUGUCAUCGUGAGAUUUUACCUGUGUGCCGUUCCUUUGCAAUGCUAA